UUGUUACCUUCAGAGCAGCUCUCUCCAUAGCAACUGAAAACUUUUCUGGGCUGAAAUAAUCCUCUCUAGCUCCCAGCGCACAGUCAAAGAAUUUUAAAAACAGGGAACUUUGUAACUGUGAAAUACUCUCCAGGAUUUAAAAGGCUGUGGAGCUCCAGAUAAAGAAUCAUUUAUCUUUCUUCUGAAGAAAUUCCUUCGGUUACAAGUUUACCCCAUAAACGGCAACACACUCAUCUCCAUUCAAGACAGACUCAAGGUGGAGGAAGCGUGGAAAUGUGCUUCUGGACAAAGCUUUCAGUAUCCUGGGUGCCGUUGUUUCUUCUACUCAGCCGUGCUUUUUCUACUGAGACAGACAAACCCUCAGCCCAGGACAGCAGAGGCCGUGGGAGUUCAGGCCAACUGGCAGACCUGCUACAGGUUCUCUCUGCUGGUGACCACCCACCCCACAACCACUCAAGAAGCCUCAUCAAAACAUUGUUGGAGAAAACUGGGUGCCCACGGAGGAGAAACGGAAUGCAAGGAGAUUGCAAUCUGUGCUUUGAACCAGAUGCACUAUUACUAAUAGCUGGAGGAAAUUUUGAAGAUCAGCUUAGAGAAGAAGUGGUCCAGAGAGUUUCUCUUCUCCUUCUCUAUUACAUUAUUCAUCAGGAAGAGAUCUGUUCUUCAAAGCUCAACAUGAGUAAUAAAGAGUAUAAGUUUUACCUACACAGCCUACUGAGCCUCAGGCAGGAUGAAGAUUCCUCUUUCCUUUCACAGAAUGAGACAGAAGAUAUCUUGGCUUUCACCAGGCAGUACUUUGACACUUCUCGAAGCCAGUGUAUGGAAACCAAAACGCUGCAGAAAAAAUCUGGAAUAGUGAGCAGUGAAGGUGCUAAUGAAAACACGCUUCCUCAGCUGGCAGCCACGAUCAUUACUUUGUCCCUCCAGGGUGUUUGUCUGGGACAAGGAAACUUGCCUUCCCCAGACUACUUUACAGAAUAUAUUUUCAGUUCCUUGAAUCGUACGAAUACACUCCGCCUAUCAGAACUAGACCAACUCCUCAACACUCUCUGGACCAGAAGUACUUGUAUCAAAAAGGAUAAAAUCCAUCAACUUCAAAGGAAACAAAACAACAUAAUAACCCAUGAUCAGGACUAUUCUAAUUUCUCUUCACCCGUGGACAAAGAGUCUGAGGAUGGUCCAGUUUCCUGGGAUCAGACUUGCUUCUCUGCUAGGCAGCUGGUGGAGAUAUUUCUGCAGAAGGGCCUCUCACCCAUUUCUAAGGAGGACUUUAAGCAAAUGAGUCCAGGGAUCAUCCAGCAACUCCUCAGCUGCUCCUGCCACUUGCCCAAGGACCAACAAGCAAAGCUGCCACCUACCACUCUGGAGAAAUACGGCUACAGCACGGUGGCUGUCACCCUUCUCACACUGGGCUCCAUGCUGGGGACAGCGCUGGUCCUUUUCCAUAGCUGUGAGGAGAACUACAGGCUUAUCUUACAGCUGUUUGUGGGCUUGGCCGUCGGGACACUGUCUGGGGACGCUCUGCUCCACCUUAUCCCUCAGGUUCUUGGUUUACAUAAGCAGGAAGCCCCAGAAUUUGGGCAUUUCCAUGAAAGCAAAGGUCAUAUUUGGAAACUUUUGGGAUUAAUUGGAGGCAUCCAUGGAUUUUUCUUGAUAGAAAAAUGUUUUAUUCUUCUUGUAUCACCAAAUGACAAGCAGGGCCUGUCAUUGGUUAAUGGGCACGUGGGACAUUCCCACCAUCUUGCACUCAACUCUGAAUUAAGUGACCAGGCAGGCAGAGGCAAAUCUGCAUCAACUAUCCAGUUGAAAAGCCCCGAAGAUUCACAGGCAGCUGAAAUGCCUAGAGGCAGUGUGACAGCCUGCAACAGAAAAUGUAAAGCCAUUAGCUUGUUAGCAAUCAUGAUUCUGGUUGGGGACAGCCUGCAUAAUUUUGCAGAUGGCCUAGCCAUAGGAGCAGCCUUCUCAUCAUCAUCCGAGUCAGGAGUGACCACCACGAUUGCUAUCUUGUGUCAUGAAAUCCCACAUGAAAUGGGAGACUUUGCUGUGCUCUUAAGCUCUGGACUUUCUAUGAAGACUGCCAUCCUGAUGAAUUUUAUAAGCUCCCUAACUGCCUUCAUAGGAUUAUACAUUGGCCUUUCCGUGUCAGCUGAUCCAUGUGUUCAAGACUGGAUCUUCACAGUCACUGCUGGGAUGUUCUUAUAUUUAUCCUUGGUUGAAAUGCUUCCUGAAAUGACUCAUGUUCAAACACAACGACCCUGGAUGAUGUUUCUCCUGCAAAACUUUGGAUUGAUCCUAGGUUGGCUUUCUCUCCUGCUCUUGGCUAUAUAUGAGCAAAAUAUUAAAAUAUAAGUUAGGAUCUUCAACAUCUUUUAACAAUGCAUUUAUAUAGUCUUACUUUGUUUCUUUCAGUGCACUCUAUAGUGAUUUUUAAAUUAAGAAUUUUUUAUCUUAGGCAAAGUGUGUCUCUUUCAAUUCAUUAACUUAUUAAUUUUAUAAUGCAGUUUUAUUUUUGGAAACAUAUAAAUAUCAGACUGUCCUUAAUUGAAAUUUUGUCUUUGGUUUCCAACACCGUGAUGAAACUCUUGCUUUUUAAAAAGUAGAUAGUAAAUUCUGCGUGAAUUUUAGUAAAUUUUAAAAAAUUUUCCCUAAGAAAGAAUGUUUGUUUGUAGCAUUUAAAGUGGACAGAUGCCUGUUGGGAUAAAAUCAACUGCAACUUCUUUGAUGUUAAUUUUUUUUGCCUGUGCAAUUAUAAACUAUAAGCAAGUUAAGUGACAAGAAAAUGUAAUAAAGACUAGUUUUAAUA